UACCCGCCGGCCCGCCCGUUUCCCUCCCCGCUGCCCACCACAUCAUGGCCUCUCGCGCGCAGCCCCCUCCCCCACCUCCGCCCGCGCACCUCCGCCCGCGCCUCCACGCGGCGCCGCUCUUCUCCCCGCGGGCCCCGCGAUGCCGCGGCGGGCGCAGCCGGCUCCUCUCCGCGCUCCCGUCGCCGUCCCCUUCGCCGCCCUCGCGCUCGCAGCGCGUCUCCACCGUGCCGCCGAUCGAGCGCGAGCCCGGGCCCGCGCACUCCCCCGAGCACCAGCCGCGCGGGGACCCGGCGCUCGCCGCGGAGGUCGCCCGCCUCUCCGCCGCCCGCGCGCGGCUCCGCGCCGCGCGCACGCUCGGCGACAAGCUCCGCGCGCUCGACGCCGAGCCCCGGGUCGCGGCGUUCUUCGGCGAGGAGCCGAGCCGCGGGGUUCUGGGCGCGCUCGAGCCCCGCGAGGCGCUCCUGCUGAAAUGCCUCGUCGCGGCGGGGCAGGAGCACGUGCUCGGCGACGAGCUCGAAUGGUACAGCGGCGGCGCGGACCAUCACGAGCACCACCACCGCAACGGGGCCAGCGGCGGGAGCGCGCUGCGGGAGGCGCUAUAUAGCCUUGCCGGUUUGGUCGGGAAAUGGAGCUCAGAGGGAGUGGUGGGUGCCGAGAAGGGGAGCGAGGAGAUGCAGGUGCUCGGAAGGCUUCUCAAGUUCCUCGGCGACAUCGAGGAGUUCUACGACUGCAUUGGGGGCAUAAUCGGUUAUCAAAUUAUGGCAUUGGAGCUCCUUUCAUCAUCAAAGGACCGCAAGCACCGACCUAGCAAAGACAAGUUUGUUGGUUUCCAUGUUCCCAGUGGACUUAAUCUAUUGGAGGAUACAGAGUAUGCAUCUCAAGCAGCUUUGUGGGGAAUCGAGGGUUUGCCAGAACUGGGUGAAAUUUAUCCUAUUGGUGGUGCGGGAGAUCGCCUUGGUUUAGUCAACUCAGAUACUGGUGAAUCCCUUCCAGCUGCAUUACUUCCUUACUGUGGGAGAUCUCUAUUGGAAGGGCUGAUACGGGAUCUGCAGGCUAGAGAGUUUCUCCACUUCAAGAUCUUUGGAGGUCAAUGCGUAACCCCUGUUGCAAUCAUGACAAGUUCUGUGAAGAAUAACCAUGAGCAUAUAAUUGCGAUAUUUGAAAAACUUGAUUGGUUUGGCAGAGGCUGUGAUAAUUUCCGGUUGUUUGAACAGCCUUUGGUACCUGUAGUCAGUGCCGAGGAUGGUAAAUGGUUAAUCAGCAAAUCACUUUUCCCUGUUGGUAAACCUGGUGGUCAUGGUGCUAUUUGGAAACUUGCAUAUGAUAGAGGUAUAUUCCAAUGGUUACAACAGCGUGGCAGAAAAGGUGCAACUGUACGCCAAGUCAGCAAUGUUGUUGCUGCUACUGAUUUGACCAUGAUGGCAUUGGCAGGUAUAGGCCUUCGAUGCAAUAAGAAAUUAGGUUUCGCAUCUUGUGAGCGAAGACCGGGUGCUACUGAAGGGGUGAACGUCCUUAUUGAGAAACAAAACCUUGAGGGAGUAUGGUCAUAUGGUAUCACUUGUAUUGAGUACACUGAGUUUGAAAAAUACGGCAUCCCAGAACCUACAGUAACUGGCAGUUCGCAGGUUAGCUAUCCAGCAAAUACAAACAUUCUCUAUGUUGAUCUGCAAGCAGUAGAGGAAGUUGGAUCCCGCAAAAAUGCUAGUUGCUUACCAGGGAUGGUGCUGAAUUUGAAAAAGGCAGUAUCUUACGUGGACCAUCUGGGCUUUGAGUGUAGCGCUGCUGGAGGCAGGCUAGAGUGCACAAUGCAAAAUAUUGCAGAUAAUUUUGUGAACAUGUAUAACUACAGAUGCGGCAAAGGAAUAGAAAGUGAGCUUGACACUUUCGUUGUGUACAAUGAAAGGAAACGAGUCACUUCAUCAGCUAAAAGGAAGCUGAAAUCAGAAGACAGAUCAUUGCACCAGACUCCAGAGGGUUCACUCCUUGACAUUAUGCGUAAUGCUCAUGACCUCCUUUCUAGAUGCAGCAUAGAUGUUCCCAUGAUCAAAGACAACAGCGAGUAUUUGCAUUCUGGGCCUCCAUUUCUCAUAUUUCUUCAUCCUGCUUUAGGUCCAUUCUGGGACAUCAUACGGCAAAAGUUCUUAGGUGGCUCUGUUUCUAAAGGUUCAGAGUUGCAAAUAGAGGUCGCAGAAUUCCUAUGGAAAGAUGUUGAGCUGGAUGGAAGCCUUAUUAUACUAGCUGACAACAUCAUGGGUUCAACCAAGAAGAACAAAAAUGGUGAACAGAUACUGCACUAUGGUGCCAGGUGUGGGAGAUGCAGAUUGCAAAGUGUUAAAAUUGUGAAUGAAGGGAUUAACUGGAGUUCUCCUAAUAAUGUCUAUUGGAAGCAUGACGUUGAGAGAUCAGAAUCUGUAAAGAUUAUUCUUCAUGGAAAUGCAGAAUUUGAGGCAAAAGAUGUAGUCUUGAAGGGUAACCAUGUAUUCGAAGUUCCUGAUGGUCAGAGAAUGUGCAUCGUUCAGGACAGAGCAGGUUUUGUUGUUAAAUUGGAACCUAUAAGCCAGGAACUGAUGGACAGUGGAACCUGGCACUGGAAGUAUACAGUUGAUGGCGCCCAUGUGAAGCUGAAUAUGGUAGAACUAUAGUAUCAACCACAUAUUCUUGAUUCAUUGAUUUCCAGCCAGCUUAAUUUUAUUGAGGGCACGCUUGACGUUGGUUGACUUUAGUCCAGACUGUAGGUGGUGUUGUAAAAAGAUAAGGGUGGCAUUGAUUUUGUACAGUACAAGUGAAACUAUUCUCUUCACUGAAGAGGUGAUGUACAAGAAUAGAUAUUUUUCAAACAUGAGGAGAACACUCGUUCUCUGAAAGUUGUCAGAACAUUUUUCUGUGUGGCUUCCA